CACAAACAUGUCUUUUAUCAAAUCAUUUUCAAGCUUGACUACUCAAACGCGUUCUUAUGUCUCGGCACGCGCACUUCACCCUAAAAAGUUUACCAGCAUCUUGUCCAACGUGCCUACCAGACCUUCAAGUGCAUGGCAGUUCUAUUUGACUGAAAACCUCAAUGGAUUCAAAACCAGCGAUGGCAAGGUAGAUUUAAAGCGCGCUUCUCAAGAAUUGAGUAAGCAAUGGAAGGGCUUUAGUGAAGAACAAAAGAAGCCUUAUGUUGAGAAGUAUCAAGCUAAAUCAAAAGAACAUGUAGAAGCCUUGGAAAAAGCUUUGAAUAAUGCUACACCUCAACAAUUCUUUGAAGAGAACAGUUUGAGAAGAAAGUAUAAGUUGACUCUUUUGAAGGAUCCUAAGCAUCCCAAACACCCCAAGGGACCUUUCUUUUUAUAUCUUGAACAUCUGAGAGCAACGAAUGAUCCUAUUUAUCAAUCUGGUAAAUCAACUGAACAAGUAGCUGAAGCUGCAAAGAAAUACAAAAGCCUUCCUGAACAAGAAAUCAAGGUUUUUAGGGACAAAGCCAAGUUUGAAAAAGAACAAUACGAUGCUGCUAUGAAAAAAUACAUGAGUAAUGUUGGUGUUUAAUAAAUCAAUUUGAUUAUUAUUA